AUGGCGACCAAGCGUUCUGGGGUGGUGAGCCAAGAUGAGCAGGCCAGGUUGCCUGCUGCAGAGGCGGAGGAUGGCGAGGUGGGACUGCCUGGAGGAGGGAGACCCGCAGAGGAGAGGGACGGGGCGCGAGCGUCGACCUCGACCGGGAGGCAGGCGGAGGAGGACGCCUGGUGGCAGCGGGCGAGGAAGGGAGAGGAGCCGACGAGGAGUGGAAUGGUGUCGGCCAGCCCAGGAGAGGAGGCGGAGGAAGCACCGAGCUCGGCGGGCCUGCAGGCGCAGGGUGCCCAAAGCGACGCUGUCCAGGCAAGUCCUGGACCUGUGGGGGCAGGGCGGCCCCAGGAGCACACAGGGCGGUGGCGCGGAGGACCGGGGGUGAACUUCACCCCGAUAUACGCCAAGCGGCACAAUUGUGUACGGGUGUCCUUCAAGGAGGACGUGCCAGAGGAGGUCACUAUCGACAGACUGAGAUUCGUGCAGUCUGUGAUGAUAGAAAUUCUGCGAGUGGAUCCUGCAGAUCUGUUUUGUUUGAUAGCCCUGCCGGGUGGCCAGGUUUUUGACGUGAGCUUCAAGACAAGUAACUUGUGGCAACGUUUUAUGACUUCGUUCGAGGAGAAGGCGGGGAAACGGCCACUGUCACUGCUUAAGCUCCAACUGCUCUCCGAGCUAGAUACAAACAUUGUCACCGUGUUUCUGUAUAAUGAGACUCUGCCAGACCACGACGUCGAGGUGUGGCUGAGGCAGCACUACCUGGUGUUAUUUGAUGGUAAACGAGUCCAAGACUCUCUAGGGAUCUGGACGGGCGCCAGGCAAUGGCGAGUGAGGCUGAGAACGGCAGAAGGGGCCCUACAAUACAUCCCGAGUGCCCUGAACAUUGGUGGCAAUAGGGGCUACGUGGUAUACGCUGGGCAGCCCAAGCUUUGCGAAAGGGUGUGGGGGAAGCAGCCAUUUGGCCGCAGCGUGUGA